UCCCUGUUGCACUAAAUAUUUUAGUUACAGGCAGUUUAUUGAUAUUGCUUUGAAGUGCAAUUUCGUAUGUGCGCAGUAGCCCACUAUGUUUGCGAGGAGAGUUAGACAUGGCGUCCAAGGAUACAGUGCAGUUAAAUGUAUAGCGUUAGGUAGUCGGUCAUUGUCGAGCAUCGAUAAUCUUGGUCUAGAGGAGAAACUCAGCGGUUGCUUAUCAUCAUUACCUCCUAAAGCUAAGGUUGUAAUAUGCGGCGGUGGAGUUAUGGGGGCAGCGGUGGCCUACCACCUUGCCAGGCGUGGUUGGGGAGAUCAGACAGUAGUUAUAGAACAAGAAAAGGUAGGUGCAGGUAGUCGCUGGUGUUCUUCAGGCUUAGUGGGUGCUUUCAAACCAUCUCUUGCGCAAGUGAAGAUUGCACAAUCCUCUAUUAGACUAUUGAAAGAUUUGGAGUCUCGAGGAAAGCCCACUGGAUGGAAACAAUGUGGUUCUCUUUUGUUGGCAAGAACAAGAGAUAGAAUGACUGUGUACAGGCGCAUGAAAAGUCAAUCAGUUUCCUGGGGCAUUGAAUGUGAACUUGUAAGCCCCCAAAAAUGCCAAGAGAUUUGUCCAAUGCUCAAUGUUGAAGAUAUCCUUGGUGGGUUGUGGAUACCUGGAGAUGGAGUUGGAGACACACAUCUUUUUUGUUUGUCUUUGAUGAGAGAAGCUGUGGAAAAUGGAGUAGGUGUGAUGGAAGAUUGUGCUAUAACUGCAGUACACUCAAAGGACGGAAAAGUGUCAGGUGUGGACACUACUAGUGGUACUGUUGAGUGUCAGUAUUUUGUAAAUUGUGCUGGAUUUUGGGCAAGGCAGAUCGGCCAGCUUUCCAAACCUCAAAUAAAAGUACCAUUGCUACCAUGUGAACAUUAUUAUCUUCAUACAAAACGUAUUGAUAACUUAGAUCCUAUGACUCCAGUUGUACGGGAUCCAGAUGGUUACAUUUACUUGCGUGAAAGGAAUGGUUGUAUAUUAGCUGGAGGCUUUGAGCCCGUUGCGAAACCUGUCAAUGAAGAAGAUAUCAUAAAUGCAGCGCAACGUUGUGUACCAGAAGAUUGGGAUCACUUCCACGUUUUGUUACAAGAACUACUUAAACGUGUACCGAGUCUGAACCAGGCGAUUCUGCACAAAUUAUGCAAUGGCCUUGAAGCAUUUUCACCCGACUGCAAAUGGAUUGUCGGUGAAGCACCUGAGAUGUUCAACUACCACGUCGCGUGUGGCAUGAAGACGGUCGGAAUAUCAGCUGCUGGUGGUGUAGCGGAAGCCACUGUCGACGAAAUUGUCGACGGCUACACAAAGUAUGACAUGUAUGAACUCGAUAUUAACCGGUUCCUGGGCUUGCACAACAACAAACGAUUUCUAAGGGACCGCAUGAAGGAAGUACCUGGUGUUCACUACGGUCUACCAUAUCCUUUCUAUGAGUUUGAAACCGGUCGCAAUCUCCGUUUAUCACCGAUCUACCCUACUUUGCGAGAUAAAGGAGCUGUAUUCGGACAGGUUAUGGGUUACGAGCGUCCGACUUGGUUUGAGGCUGUGGACAAAAAUACAGUUACACCGGAAACACCGCAGCCAUUCAAAAUAGCGCAUACAAAAACCUUUGGAAAGCCGCGUUGGUUCGAAACUGUGCAACGGGAAUAUUGGGCGUGCAGAGAAGCAGUCGGUCUUGCUGAUUACUCUUCUUUUACUAAAAUUGAUAUUCAGUCUCAAGGAAACGAGGUGGUAGAUCUCCUACAGUACAUUUGCUCGAAUAACGUCGACGUCCCUGUUGGCAGUAUAAUUCACACUGGCAUGCAGAAUGAGCGCGGCGGCUACGAGAAUGACUGCAGUAUUGCCAGGAUAGCGGAAAAUCAUUACAUGAUGAUAGCGCCUACAAUACAGCAGACUCGAUGCAAAGUUUGGUUAAAGCGCCACCUGCCGCGGAACGGAUCUGUAACGCUUUCUGACGUCACAUCCAUGUACACCGCAAUAUGCAUCCUGGGACCGUUCACUAGAAGCCUUUUGUCGGAACUGACCGACACCGAUCUCUCUCCGUCAAACUUUCCCUUCUUUACUUUCAUGGAGUUGGACGUGGGCUUGGCUAACGGGAUUCGUGCUAUGAAUCUCACGCACACAGGCGAAUUGGGAUACGUGUUGUAUAUCCCUAAUGAGUUUGCUCUCCACGUUUAUAACCGUUUGAUGACCGUUGGGGAGAAAUACGGCAUAAACCACGUGGGGCAUUACGCUACGCGUUCUUUGAGGGUUGAGAAGUUUUUCGCUUUCUGGGGCCAAGAUCUCGACACCAUGACAACGCCGCUCGAAUGCGGACGCACUUGGCGUGUCAAGUUCGACAAAGACAUCGAGUUCAUCGGGCGUGACGCUCUGCUCCGACAACGCGAGGAAGGCAUCCGGAGGCAAUACGUCCAGCUUCUGCUGACGGAUCAUGACCACGAGCUAGAUCUGUGGUCCUGGGGCGGAGAGCCCAUAUACAGGGACGGGAACUACUGCGGCAGAACCACUACUACGAGCUACGGAUUUACGUUCAAGAAACAGGUUUGUCUUGGCUUCGUGCAAAACUUAGAUAAGGACGGUGUACCACAGCAAGUUACCAACGACUAUGUUCUCAGUGGCCAUUACGAAAUUGACGUCGCUGGAAUACGAUACGCUGCAAAAGUAAACCUCCAUUCUCCACAUUUACCAACGAAAUAUCCGGAUAAAGAACGUGACGUGUACCAGGCAACCAGAAAACAUCACGACCCUCAACAAUUCCUCGGUAGACAUUAUCAACCAUAAACAACCACAUUGUUUGCUGAAACUUCGGAUGGUUUUUUAAGAAUUAAAAGUGUGAUUUAUUCAUUGUUUUUUCCCAUUUUUAACCAUACAAUUAUUUUUUUCAUUCAUUGUAAAUCGUUAGCAAUAGAAACUGCCGUAGAGUUAAACUAUAAACAAGGCACCACUUAAUAAAAAAAUACAAAAUAUAUAGUCAUAAAAAAAUGUAAAGAGGUAAAUAAACUAUUAUAAUAAGUGAAUCACUCAAAGGUUUCAAAAUUACAAUAACUAUCUAUAUUUUAAAUUUUAUUUAUUGGAAUAUCAAAGUACUUAGGAAAGAUUUAGU